AUAAAGAGCCCCAGUAUCGCUUACUACAUGGUCUGGUCCAAACUAAACAGCCACAAUGGGCAAGAUUAUUUUCUACGAGGACAGGAACUUCCAAGGCCGCCACUAUGAGUGCAGCAGUGACUGUGCUGAGAUGAACAACCACUUCAGCCGUUGUAACUCCAUCAAGGUGGAGAGUGGCUGUUGGGUGGCCUACGAAAAGCCAAACUACACCGGCUACCAGUACAUGCUUAACAAGGGCGAGUACCCCGACUACCAGCGCUGGGCCGGCUUCAAUGACUGCAUCCGCUCCUGCCGGAUGGUACCGCCUUAUCGUGGAAACUACAGGAUGAAGAUCUACGAGCGUUCCGACUUUGCGGGCCAGAACAUGGAGGUGAUGGAGGACUGCCCCGACCUCCAUGAGCGCUUCCACAGCCGUGAUAUCUCCUCCGCCAACGUCAUGGAGGGGUACUGGAUCCUCCACGAGCAUCCUCACUACAGGGGUCGUCAGUACUUCCUCCGCCCCGGCGAGUACAGGAGGCACAGCGAGUGGGGAGGCAACAGCUCUACCAUCGGCUCCCUGAGACGCGUCACCGAGACCCCCUGAAGGUCAACCGAGGCCCUCUUUCUGGUCCCCUAAUUCAACCCUGUUCUGAACCCUGUAUCCCUAAUACUCUUUUGCUAGCACUGCUCUCCACUGUUGUGCUCAGCUAUCUACUGUCUGUGGUCUUCAGGCCCCUCUGGUCACAUUCAUGCGAGCGGGGGUGUUGGUUCGGUUGAUGUUAGGUCCGCUUUGGGUCUGCUUUAGGUCCUGCUUUGCUUUAGACUGGGAAGGUAGACCUUGGUGCUCAGGCGAUGCUCGUAUGGUGUCAGUGAUGGCCUCCAGCUUUGUUUGUUACAGAGCAGAAAAUAUGUGCUUUGCCAGUCCCUAACCUCCAGUCCUAUUACAACCUAAAUAAACCUACAAUUGAUAAGUCAA